GAGAGGUCUUUGCUGUCCUCUACCACUGUUAUUGUCCACAUGAAAGGGAAGGUUUUCACUUUUUUCACAGAUUGACAACAGUCUGUUUAAAACCAGUGGACCAUGUAUAGCCCAUUCAUACAAUUCAGUCAAACUGAGCAGUUGUAACCAGUAAAGAAAGGUUUACUUUUCACAUGAAGGUGAGCAACAUGGGCUACCUUCAGAAAUUCACACCUUUAGAUGGGUGUGGAGAAACUCAGGAUCUGCCUAUAAAGCAGUGUGGCUUCUCCCUUGUGUAUAAUCUUGGAAGAAUACCAACACCACGAUGCUGACUUUUAUCCAGCUGAUAAAUUUGCUUUUUUGGACAAGCAUCAGUUCAGCUGAUGCAGAGAAACUUUUCCACAAUCGGGAUUAUUCUGAUGUGCAGACUGUUAAUUCUCACCAAGCUGAGAUUAUAAAAGACAAAUAUGGAUUCAUGGAGCCAGUGAACUGGGAGGAGAUACAAUUUGAAGAUUCAAACACAUUUUCCAGUGAUGACUUUCUGGAUGACCUUCCUGGAGCCAUGAUCCAGGAAGGGACCUCAGUACCUCAGGCAAGGCAUGCUCUCCAUAAUGGUGAUCAAGAUGAUAGACCAACUGAGAGCGAAGCAUUCAUUUCAGCUCUAAAAGAGUUUCAGAAGGUGUCGGGUCUGCUGGUCACAGGUGUGUUUGAUGAGGCCACCAAGGCGGCAAUGAACAAACCGAGGUGUGGGGUCCCUGACAGGGAGAUUGAGCUAAAAAGCUCUAUACCGCCUGAGACCAGUAGUGCCUCAGAUACUGAAAACAAUUUUAAUGAGACUGACAGUAACAACACAGCAAGUGAUAAAAUUAGUGACACUUCUUUUGGUACUGCAAGCUCCUCUGAAGAUGACAUAUUCAAUUUUAAUGGCACAGAAAGUAUUCUCACAGACAUUUCCAACAACACCAGCAAGAAUUACUCAAAGGACCUGGAUUCAUUUGAUUACAUUUUAAAUAACACUUCUCUGAACAAUUCACAUAAUAUCCACAUGAACAGUCAAAUGGUAAAUAUCAGUGUUAACACGCAUCAGAGUGAAGCUGUGCGACGCAGAAAACGCCACCUUGUCAGGCUUGUAUCAAAAAGCAGACACAAGAGAGAUUUGAGUAAAACUGGUUACAUGGCUUUUUCAAAGAAAGUGUUGAAAUGGAGGCUGAUAGGAGAAGGCUACAGCAGUCAGUUGUCUGUUGAAGACCAGAGGUCCAUCCUCAGACUGGCCUUCAGGAUGUGGAGUGAGGUGUCUCCGCUGGAGUUUGUGGAGGAUACUCGUUCCCUACUGGAGGAUGUCGAUAUCAAGCUGGGCUUUGGAACAGGAAGGCAUCUCGGAUGCAAUCAGAGGUUUGAUGGCACUGGUCAAGAAUUUGCUCAUGCCUGGUUCCUUGGUGAUAUACACUUUGAUGAUGAUGAACAUUUCACUGCUCCCAAUGCUGGCAGUGGGAUCAGCCUUCUUAAAGUGGCAGUUCAUGAGAUCGGCCAUGUCUUAGGUCUUCCUCACAUCUACAGAGCUGGAUCCAUAAUGCAGCCCAGCUACCUGCCCCAUGAGUCAAGCUUUGAGAUGGACUGGAUGGACAGGAAAGCCAUACAGCAGCUCUAUGGGGUCUGUAAGGGUCGAUUCAAUACGGUGUUUGAUUGGGUCAGAAAGGAGAAGACACCCUAUGGGGAGGUGAUUAUCCGCUUCAACACUUAUUUCAUGAGAGAUGGAUGGUACUGGUUGUAUGAGAACAAAAAUAACCGAACACGCUAUGGAGACCCAGUUGCACUGCAGAUCGGCUGGCGUGGGAUUCCCAUUGAUGGAGUGGAUGCAUAUGUGCAUGUGUGGUCCAGAAAGAGAGAUGCUGUGUACUUCUUUAAAGGAACUCAGUUCUGGAGGUACGACAGUGAGAAUGACCAGGUGUUCAGACAGGAUUCAGAAGGUUAUUGCUAUCCAAGGUUAAUCUCUAAAGGUUUCCCAGGGGUGUCCGGUCCCAUUGACACAGCCUUUUAUGACAGGAGGAACUCCCACAUAUACUUCUUCAAAAACACUCUUGUGUAUGCAUUUGAUGUGGAAGCCAACAGCUUGGCAAGAGGCUUCCCCAAAAACAUCCGAGAUGUCUUCCCUCCAGUGGUGAGCAGAGACCAUCCAGAUGGCAACAUUGAUGUUGCCUACUUCUCGUACACCCACAAUGCAGUCUUUCUCCUCAAGGGCACUCGCUUCUGGCAGGUGGUGGGCAGUCGUGAUCGCUGGCACCGGCCCUUUCUGCCCCGAAAUGGCUUGUUGCCACACAAGGAGGUAGAUCAACACUGGUUUGACAUCUGCAACAUUCAUCCCACUGCACUCAAGCUAACUCGCUGAGGAUGCUGAAGCAGAGAUGGAGUAAACCCUUCUGAAGUGUACUGAUGUGACCUGCUCUGUUGUAUGUAGUUGAUGUUAUUUCUGUGUAGAGACACCCGUCAUCUCCUUCUUUGUUCUACUGAUUGUAUUGUCAGUCAAAAAAGAAUCUGCUGAAAUUUAGAUUGAAGCAAAAUGAUAGAAAAGGGAACUCGUCUCAUUACUUAAGGCUGUUCCAUUUUUUAGUAAUCAUUAGAACACAGUGCAAAGAAACAGACAUUGAUUCUGUAAUCAAUAUGUUACUAGAAUGCUUAUUAAUUCAGCUCAUUUCGGGAGAUUAAGCUCCUGGUGGGUACCAGAUAACUAGCAUUGAGCUCCGGGCACUGCAGAGCCUAGAUUAAUAAAAGGAAGCAGAAAUCAAUAACAAUCAAAGGAACAAAAUGUCAUGGUAAGUGGAACUACAGAGACGGAUGUUGUAAGAUGUUGAGCAUACAAAUAAAUGUC